AUGUUGUUCUUCAUUUUAAAUGUGUUGAUUUUGUUCUCCUCAAUUGACUCGCAGACUCCGUCUCCAUAUGGACCAAUUGUCGUCUAUAAAACUUCGGAUCCGAAACCAAUUAAAAUCAUUUUUGACACCGAUGGAGCAACGGAUGAUAUGCGAGCGUUGACGCUGGCUUUACAGACACCAAGUGUAGAGGUAAUUGCCAUCAUGGCGACUCACGGAAGUAUAAACACGAGUCAAGUGGUGGCAAAUGUGAAUCGGAUAUUGGCGUUAAAUGGGUUACAGGGCAAAAUCCCGAUCUUCAAGGGUUCCGAUACUCCAUUUAUCAUCAACGAUAUCAAAAAAGAGUCAUAUUUCAAUGGAUUGGAUGGAUUGGGUGAACGACCGGAUGUUGAUCCAAAAGCUCUUCCCUCAUAUCCAACAAUGUAUCAAACGACCGAUACAGCAGCUGAAGCAUUGGUUAAAAUAGCGAAAUUGAAUCCAGAUUCCACUCUCGUUGCUACAGGUUCUCUGACAAAUAUUGCGUUGGCGCUCAAACUCGAUCCGGAUUUCUCGCAGAAUUUCAAGAAAUUGGUGAUUAUGGGUGGGAAUUAUUUGGGCAUCGGCAAUAUCUAUCCGGGUCAUUCGGUCGAGUGGAAUUUCGCAAUGGACCCCGAGGCGGCGUCGAUUGUUUUACGGGAAUUCGAGGCGCCGAUCACCAUCAUUCCCUGGGAAGCCUAUUAUAUUCUGGGACAAAAUUAUUCUCAUUACAUAAACUACACAAAACAUCUCGCUCUUGACACUCCACUGGCCAAGUUUUUCCUGCCAAUCACCGCGAAGGGACGCGAAAUUUUGGGUGGAUCGGGGAGUGAAAUGGCUUAUGUGGAUGAGAUCGCGAUGGGAGUGGCGAUUAAUGAGGAAAAAAUGGUGAAAGAGAGUAAAAAUUUGAAUGCUCGCGUGGAGUUGAGUGGACAGUACACAAGAGGUCAAAUCGUGCCUGAAUGGGUCAAUCGGAACUUUGUUGAGGCAAAAAUCGAUAAACAGUUUCCCCAACCACGGUGUCUCAUCAAAUUUGUGAUCGAUUAUGAUGUGGGAUUAUUGGAUGAAUGGAUAAAUAAGGCUUUUGCGAAGAAUGUGACGAAUUUUUUACUUAUUUCACUUCGAAUCAAUUCGAUCCACUUCAAAGAAUUUGUUACGGGAAUGGUCGAUUACAAGCAACGCCGACAAGUGGAGAAAAGCGACGACGAGACGAUAUCGACGACAAGCAUCUCAAUUCAACUUGCUGGUCGGCUCAGCCAAGCUCACGAUUGUCGCCAACGAUCGUCAACCAAUCGAGCGCCAACGUCGAAUCGCCGUCCCGCUUCACGUUCACGUCCAAAGGAAAGAGAUAGAUGGAGAGAUGAACCGAAGGAAACAACAACAUUUGCAAAGCCUCGUCUUUCAACCAAGGAUUUCCCGAUGAAAGCUGAACACCUUCAGAUUUUACCUGUGACGAGUGAAAAGCAUCCACACUUCAUGCGCACACUCCCUCGUCAAACGGCCAUCUCGAUUCGACUUGAGAAACCGCAAAGUGUGCAACAAGGUGCCGUGAUGCCCGUAUCAAAAGCAAAGAGAAACUGGGCCGGCUUGCGUGUAGUUCCGUCGUUGGUGGAGACUCCAAAAGUUACUCGCUAUGAAUUCUCGCUUCCCUCCGAACAUUCUCGCCUCACCAUCAUCAACACCCAGCCGAUUCGACAAGUCGCCCACUUUGUUGCGCCACAAGCAGAAAGGUUAGAGAGCGAUUUUUGGCGACCGGAAGAAUGUGGCUUUAUCUUGCGGACUGUGCAAGCACUCGAUCCCCCACCAUCGCCAUUUGUUGCUGAAAUUUUGAAGCCUGAAUGGGAGACGAUCUUCUACACUCUUUCUCUGGGAAAACAUGUAGCUAUCGAGCAGCGAAUCCGUACGAUCCGAGUCCAAAAGCUUAAUCAUCACAUUGCGAAACGACAACAAGCAGCUGUACUCGGGCCACGGACGUAUCGCCGAAUGGAGCAGCCACAAGAAAUUGUCAAGAUCCGAGCCUACCCCAGCCAUUCCAUCCGACUUUCCACUGUUGAAGAUCCGAGCAAUCAGCACCGCGUCACUUAUUUGAAUCGAAAUGGAGCGCCAGUCUCGAUGCUUCCUCAACGUUCACGAUCGAGAUCGAAAGAGAAGCGGCGACAACCGAUUGAGCCCACUAAGAACGUGCCGUGUCCAAAUCUAGAGAAUUGGAACCCUCGAGAUCGAUUUGAGCCCAGCAAUAGACGUGUUUCGCCUCGACGUCGUCGAAAAACGCUUUCAAGCUAUCGCUCAACUAUUUCAUCAAUCGAAAGUCGGCGCUCCGAUUCAAAGAAGCCAGAUUCUGAUUUUGUCCGCCAUGAAGAGGAGUCGAUCGAUGAACAUCUUCCAAUGCGACAACAGAAACGAGCUGUACUUCAUCGCGUCCCAUCAAAGGAUGCAUAUCAACCUCGGCCACAAAUUGAAAAGCCUCAUCGUCCGGUCGAUCCAAAUCCCAGUCGAAUCGAGUAUGUCUCGAGCAAGAAAAAGCCGGUGAGGAAAUCGCGCAAGAGGCCAUCUUGGGAAUCUCAGUGUCACAAAAGAGGCCGCAAGUCACGUCGUCCACCGCGAACCUAUCAUAUCGAUGUCGAGAUUGGCUACGAUGACGAUGAUGAGGAUAAAAAGAAGCAGAAGGACCCUAGGAAACCAAAACAACGAGCACAAUGUUCCGAAACCAAUGUUACAUUGCCACGAGAGGAACGCCGAGAGGAGUCUUAUCGUCCAUGUCUCAUCAAGUCAACGAAGUUGAUGCGAAGAGAAGAGCCUGCAAAGAAAAGCUUCGAGAUGAUGACGGCUGAGGAAAUUCAAGAUCCCACGCUUUCGGAGCUAACGCAAAGCAAACGCACGAAAUCCAAUGAGCAGACGAAACCCGAUGCAGAUGAACUUGAGCUGAAGACCGCAGUGAAGGGCCCAAGCGAUUCAGUUCGUACAGCUCGCGCGCACUUCUUUGCAAGCGAAUCGGCCGGAUCUCCUCAACCGAAAAGGACGCCUUCGGGACAUUAUCUUUAUCAAGUUGUUGAGGGCGAUCUCUACAAACGCCCACGCAAGAAGCACCACGUUCCCACGACUGAUCCUCAUCGGAAACAACUAGGUUCGCUCACAGAACAUGCACCCCUGAUGGAGACGGCCCCGCUGCAACAGAAACCGAAGAGCCCUCCACCUCCACAUCAAGAAAACAAGAUCCCCGCAAGAAAGCCAGCUACUCAUCAUCAUGACACGAAUGCGCAUAAAAAAAAGCUACCGAAGUUGCAUCAAAAGUCCAAGCAAAUGAAAACGCAUCAAGGAUCAAAGGACAAGCAGCAUCGACGCACAAAAAUACACUCGGCAAAGGGCACUCCCAAAAAAGCCAGCCGCAAUAAGUUUCGCGCCUCCAAAAAGAAUAAGCAU